AUGCCCGCAUCGCGUCUACUCGCGCCCCGCGCGCCCUCCGCUCUCGCCGACCUCACGGCAGUGAUGCGGAUUCACGACGCACCUGCCGCAGCUGCAGCCUCCUAUUUAUCUCCAGGCAGCGUGGUGCCUUUUCCGUACGGCUUUGGGGGCGGAAUUGGCGAGCGCGGUGUCAGCAGCUCCUCGCGGUGCGGCUGCCACCAGCAGCGCAGCUGCCGCGCUAGGCGGCACGCUCGACUGCUCGCAGCGCGCACACGUAAAGUAGUCAUCGCGCGAGCCGCCAUUCGCUCUGCUUCCCCGCCUCCCUCUAGUCCUUCCGCUUCCGCUGGCCGCGUUCACGCCACCGUUGCUGCAGGCGCCGCCGCGACCGUGGAGGCGCAAUCUGCGGCCAGCGCGGCUCUUCCAACCGUUGCAAUCCCCACAGUUCUGCCACGUGGCAUCGAGAAAGACAAAGAAGUCGUGUUGCUCGCAGAAAGUGCGGCGAAAGGGGAGGACGGAGCUGCAUCGCGGGGGGUGGUCGCAUCAGCGGUUGGGGAGCGAGCGGAGAGCGCUGGUCGCACGCCUCCCCCACCCCACCCUCGCGCGCUCCUCGCCCCCCUCUUCCCCCCUCUUUCCCCCUCUUUUUCCCCGCCAGUGCAGCGCGACGGCAGCGUCAUCCUGCGCUUCGCCCCUCUGCCCGACCCCCUCGCGCCCACCGCGCACGCCCUCAGCCCUGCCCCCGCAGCACCACGGGCUGAGCGGGACAGCAUUGGGGCGCCCAGGGGGGGCGGGGAGACGCCGCCAGGAGGAGGCGCGGCGGAGGUGCGGGCGGACGCGGGGGUGGUGGCGUUCGUGACGGCGUGCACAAGCGAGUUCAGCCGCGAGGUGCCCGACGCACUCAUUGAGGAGAUCGUGGGGCUGCCGCUCCGCCUCACCCCAGUGGACCACAUGGCAAAGUGGGUGGCCAUCUCAGCGCACCACACUGUCGCCGCAAUCAACCAAGUCAUCGACCUGCCAGCCUCCGCCCUCCACCACGGCUCGCUUCCCUCCCUGCUGCACGUGCUUGGGCUGAGCAAGCCUCUCCUGCCUUCCGCCCCCUCUUCCUCGCCUUCCAGUGCACCUCCUGUGGUGGCCCCAACGGCACCAUUCCAAGGUGGUCGACCCACACCUCCACCACCCGUACCAGUGUCUGCAGCAGCAGCCCUGCCAGCCCAGCAUGCCCCUCCCUCCGCAGCUGCCUCUAUUGCUGUCACCACCAUCACAGGUGUUGUGCUGGCAGGCCUGGUUCAGUUCCUGGCCUCAUUCGCAGGUCUGGUGGGACGUGUGCCGGGCGGCAGCAGUGGUGUGGGUCAGAGCAGGCUGCUGUGGAACCUUCCAGCAGCGACGGUGCUGUUGCUGGUUGCGGCAGUGAAGGUGUGGGCGGCAUGGUGGCAUCAGCACCACAGGCAGCAGGUGGGUGCAGCUGUUUAA